CCAUGGGAGACUUUGGCCUGCUGGGCUCUCUGCUGGACUCAGCCCAGGAGCACUCCACUGCCGUGGGCCGCGUGUGGCUCUCCGUGCUCUUCGUGCUGCGCAUCCUCGUGCUCACCGCCGGCGCAGACCAGGUGUGGGGCGACGAGCAGUCGGACUUCAGCUGCAACACGCAGCAGCCGGGCUGCGAGAACGUGUGCUACGACACGGCGUUCCCCAUCUCGCACGUGCGCUACUGGGGCCUGCAGGUCAUCGCCGUCUCCACGCCCGCACUUGCCUACCUGGGGCACGUGCUGCACGUGGUCAGGCAGGAGAGCAAGCAGUCCAGCGCCCCCUCAGCAAGCGGCAAGCCCCCCCCGCCCCCCCGCGUCUCUCCGGACGGCCGCGUGCCAAUCCGCGGGGCCCUCCUGCGCUCGUACCUCCUGAGCCUCGCCUGCCGGGCCCUGCUGGAGGCCUCCUUCAUCUACGGGCAGGGCCGCCUCUUCGGCCUGUCGCUGGCCCACCUCUACCGCUGCCGCACGUGGCCCUGCCCCAACGUCGUCGACUGCUUCGUGUCGCGCGCCACCGAGAAGACCGUCUACGUGCGCCUCAUGCUCGCCGCAUCGAGCCUCGGCCUGGCCCUCAACGUCGCCGAGUUCGCCUACUUGCUGUGCCACGCCGCGCGCCGACGCCGGGCCAAGCGCCGGGAGGCAGCGGACGUCGUCGGCGUCGCCGCCGCCGCGCCGGUACCGGGCGGACCGCACCCGCCGGCGGGAGACUUCGAUCGACCCCCCGAGGCUCCGGCCUACGCCGGUGCCCCGCCGCUCUACAGCCUGUACCAGCAGGCCGAGCCAGCGGGGGCCGCAGGGAGCCACGGGGCCCACGGGGGCCGGGAGGCCUCGGGGGCCGUCCCGGCAGGACUGGGAGAGCCAGGAGAGCGGCAGGCUUCGGGGGGAACCACUGGGCCUCCCCGCGUGGGAGCCGCCCCCUGGGGCGGUGAUGUCUCCUGUGAUGUCUCCUGUGGCGGCCAUGUCUCCUCCUGUGAUAGCUUCUCCUGUGAUGGCUUCUCCUGUGAUGUGUCCUCCUGCUGUGAUGUGUCCUCCUGCCGUGAUGUCUUCUCCUCCUGCCGCGAUGUCUACUCGAGCGAUUUCUCCGGCCAUGGUGAGCGAAGGGGCCUAUGGCGGCAGGCCGAGCUCCAGCCGCUCCAGGCACGGAGAUCUGCAGGUGUGAGUGGUGUGCGUCUGUGUGUGUGUCUGUCUGUGAGUGUGUCUGUCUGUGCGUGUGUGUGUGUGUGUGUCUGUGUGUGUCUGUGUUUCUGUGUGUGUCAAGGUGCACAUGGCCUGGCACAAGCGUCGUGGUGACGUCACCGCCACUUAGUGGCGAAUGGCGGUUGUUGUUGUUGUGUCUGUGUGUGUCUGUGUUUCUGUGUGUGUGUCUGUCUGUGUGUGUCAAGGUGCACAUGGCCUGGCACAAGCGUCGUGGUGACGUCACCGCCACUUAGUGGCGAAUGGCGGUUGUUGUUGUUGUUGUGUGUGUCUGUGUGUGUGUCUGUCUGUUUAAGAAGGGGGGCCGCACAGACUGUAACAACUACAGGGGCAUCUCACUCCUCAGAGUGCCGGGAAAGGACCAGGCAAGGGUUAUUCAACAUCGCCUUGCCAGGCACGCUGAGGAGAGGCUUGCGGAGACCCAAUGCGGUUUCAGGAAAGGGCGGUCCUGCACAGAUGCCAUAUUUUCUGUCCGUCUACUACAGCAGAGGUAUAGGGAAUUCCAACAAGACCUACAUCUCUGCUUUAUUGACCUGGUCAAGGCCUAUGCUACCAUCAGUAGGCCUGGGCUCUCGGAUGUUCUUCGUGCUUUCGGAGUCUCUGACCCUCUGCUCACGAUCAUUAAGGACCUUCAUGAUGGUGAGCGGGCCUGGGUUAAACUACGUGGCCGGCAGUCGGAGCCAUUCCCUGUACACCUUGGGGUGCGACAGGGAUGUCCUCUGGCUCCCACAUUAUUUAACAUCUAUUUUGACCACGUAGUUUGUGAAGCCUUCAAUAGCUGUACCGGGGGAAUUUCCAUUUGGUACAGAUAUAAUGUGAGGCUGAUCGACGCCCCGGUGCAAUCAAGGGAUGGCUCCCUAUUGGUCAACCACGUUAUGUAUGCCGAUGAUGUGGUAAUAGCUGCUCAUUCAGAAGAGGAGUUGGAGACGCUGCUGCUGAAACUGGAGCGUGCCACUAAGAGGUGGGGCCUUACCAUCAGUCCCACCAAAACUAAGCACCUGCCUGGGUAUUUUGUACCAUCGGACACUCCACCCCCACAACUCCCAUUCGGUGAUGUGGCAGUUGUGGAGAGAGUGGAGAGUUUCCCAUACCUGGGCAGUGUGCUUAUGACCGACUCCAGUUUAACAGAAGAAAUCUCACCUCGAAUCAGUCGAGCGGCAAUAUCUUUUCAUCGGUUGCGUAACGCUGUGUGGAAGCUACCUGGUCUGUCGCUUUGCACGAAGCUUCAGGUCUUCUCGGCCACGGUCAUUCCCUCCCUUCUCUACGCUUGCGAAACGUGGACCCCCCUAAUGGAGCAUCUUCGCCGGUUGGAAACAUUUAGGCUGGCCUGCCUACGAUCCAUCCUGGGUUUAACCAGGCCGGAUUGUGUGAGGAGUUCACAAAUCCUUGAAAGAUCUGGGCAAAGUCCCAUCGGUGAGCUCCUCCGGCAGGCAAGGCUGUGUUGGCUGGGUCAUGUAGCCCGCAUGCCCAGCCACCGCAUGCCUAAACAGCUUUUGUUCGGCCGGAUCGAGGGGGCUAAACGGGCCCGGCACGGGCUAGAGAAGAGAUGGAGUGAUGUGGUACAGGAGGAGGUGGAGCUGAGUGGACUUGCCGAUGACUGGUACCAGCGGUGUCAAGAUCGGCCUCUGUGGAGGAGGCUCGUGAAGGACGCUACUGGGCAGUUGGAGGCAGUCGCCCUCCAGCAACAACGGAGGGCGGAGGAGUGACGCGUGCGUGUCUGUGUGUGUGGCUGUCUGUCUCUGUAAGUGUGUCUAUCUGUGUGUACGUGUGUCUGUCUGUGUGUCUGUGUGUUUGUCUGUGUGUCCCACUAAAAAUACUCACUCACCUACUCACCCACCCACCCACCCACCUCCUCCCUCAUCUACCCACCCACCCACCCACUCACUCACCCACCCACCCACGCAAUGUAAGUGUGUGUGUGUGUGUACGCCGGACUUCUUUUGCACCAUACGUAGCCGACCGUGCCAAUCGGGACACCAUUGUUUGACGGCGUGAACAUGGUGCAUGGCGCUUGUACUCUCCGCCUCUUCCCAGUCUCACACAGGCGGUGUAGAGACACUGCGGAUUGUGUUUAGACCCAAUGGUAUUGAAGGGCUCUGCAUCACAUUAUCACCACCAUCACCAUCAUCACCAUCAUCAUCACAGAGUGUUGGUGUCAGAGGUCGCAACCGGGUACCCGAUACCCGUACCCUACCCGAUAUCCGGCUACCCGUACCCGGCCAGUCACUGGUGAGUCACCGUUUGUCACUCAUUUCCCAACGUCUUGUCUCUUCUCACAAUUCAAGCUCCUAGAAUCGACCCACCCGCGCCUGCAACAUGGCUUCAUCCCAGAGGUCGCAAUCAGGUACCCGAUACUCGUACCCUACCCGUACCCGGCCGGGUACGGGUAGGGUAUGGGUACGGCCGGGUACGGGUACCCGUUUGCGACCCUGGUGCGGCCGGGUAUGGGUACGGGGGGUAAGGAAUCAAAACCCGUUUGCGACCUCUGCUUGGUGUGCAUGGUUAUUGUGCUGUCCGCCUUUGACCGCUGUUCCUGAUGACGAGAUCGGUUGAGUGAUCUUCACCGCGCCGAAUUGCCGAUGUGACCACAACCACCACUACCACCACUACCACCAUCACCAGCACCAUCAACACCACCACCACCACUACCCCCAUCACCAGCACCAUCACCACCACCACCACCACUACCCCCAACACCAUCACCACCACCACCACUACCCCCACCACCAGCACAACGACCACAACCACCACCACCACCACUACCCCCAACACCAUCACCACCACCACCACUACCCCCACCACCAGCACAACGACCACAACCACCACCACCUCCACCACCUCCACCACGACCAACUCCACCACAACCACCACCUCUACCACCAUCACAACCACCAUUACCAUCAACACCAUCACCACCACAACCACAACCACCACGACUACCACCAUCACCACCACCCAUCACACCACCUUCGUCAACGAAUGAGCGAGGGGCAUAUUCGAAGUCGUUGCUCACGAAGUAAAAACAUUUUGUGUUGUUGUUGUUUUAAAAUAAAACACAUUUUGUGUUGUUGUUGUUGUUGUUUUAAAAUAAAAUAAAAAAAUACAAAUUCAAAGUUG